AUGGAACAUACUGGUAUUGCUUUCGCGAGCCGCUUGAGCGCGUCCCGUGCCCGCCAGCCGCCGCUGCAGCGAAAGGGCCGAGCGGAGAGGCGGCUGUCGCCGCUGCGCGUGCCGCACGCGCUGGCCCUGCUCGAGGGCGCCGACCUGCUGUGCGUGGCGGACCGCGAGAACCGGCGCGUGGUGUGCCCGGCGGCCGGGCUGCGCGUGGGCGACCCGCCGCCCGGCGACCCGCUCGCCGCCGCCCUCGUGCACCCGCCCGACCUCGGCCGCCGUUGUCGGGACGUGGUGUAUGCGGUGAACGGGCCCACCUCGCGGCAGAUCCCCGUGCGAGGAUUCACCCUGGACCCGCAGGCCGAGGAGGUGCUGGACCGCUGGGGCCCCGUUCCGGGGUUUGCGUCGCCGCACGCCCUGGCCGUGUGUCCCAGCGGGCGCGCCCUCUACGUGGCGGAGCUGGACCCGCCGCGGGUGCUCAAGUUCGACCUGCGGCCGCCGCUGCGCGUCCGUCGCAGCACCAGGGCCUGAGCUGCUCUUCCUUAGCUCCGACCCUCGCCCUCGCUCUCGCCCCUUCCUCCGCCACCCACCCGCCAGGGCGACCGCUCGCUCUUCUCCAAGACUUCAUGCAGACCCCACCCCUCGGCUCACCGCCGCAAGCCCCCGCCUCACGACCGAAGGGUGUUGCGAUACUUCUUUCGAUUCUUUUCAUUGGUUCGUACACGAGAGAAAAGUAUUUUUAUCGAUUAUCAGUAACAGAUAAAUUUUAUCGAUUAGUCUACAGUCACAGUAUCAACUGGCAAAAUAAAGUGCAGACAUGCUUUUGACUCAACAUGAAUCAACUGUUAGGCAUAUAUAGUUAAGGAAACAAUUAUUGGCUCUCUUCAAAUUCAUUUUCCAUAAGAAAUCUAAUAUAUUUUACUUAAAUAAAAGUAAAUUAUACUUUUUUUUCUCUUUCAGGAGCAAUGACAUACAGUGACCAAAGUGGAGAGAAAUACGCCCCUGCAGUGAGAAGUUGAUAAAGUUUAUGUUAAUCUGUUUAAUAUGUCAUUAAUGUAAUAUUUGGAUAUUGGACAACUACAGGUUGGGAAUUUUUUGUAGCAUUCAUUCCGUGGUAUUAUUGAUCCGUUAUAAUAGAUGCAGGUACUGCUAAUAUCGAAUAGAGACGUACACCAAGUAUCAGAAGUAUCGCAUCGCCUCUAACCCUAACCCUGGACCCAAAUCUAUUUUCAAUCGCUCAUGCCUUCUUAGAAAGAGGAGAGUUUCAGCAAACUGUGCGACUUACAGAAACAGUUAUCCAAAGCAAAGUAAUUAGUAAUUAUUGACAUUCUAUGAUGUGAAAAGUUUAAGAAAUAAUAUACAGAAACUAAAGAAACGGCUCACAUUGGUCUUCUAAUCAAUGUGUUUCAUAGGUUAAGACAUGGCAAACACAUUUACACUCUUUGUCGAUAAACCUUGCCACCAGACGUUUCAGUAACUAUGCAUAAUAUAAGAAUAUAUCUGGGUAGGAAAGGACCAAACUGAUGACGAUGUUCCUCAUAAUCAUUAAUAUAU